AUGGGUUCUAGAGAACAAGUCGUUAGGGAACUUCAUAAACCCGCUCGUAUUAAAUUCAAAAGACGAAGAUUUAUUCAGUAUGGUUUAGACGAUACUUUUGCCACCGAUCUUGCUCAAUUAGAUCAAUAUUCUCGAGAGAAUAAGGGCUAUAAAUAUAUCUUGGUUGUGAUUGAUUGUUUUUCCAAAUAUCUAUGGACAAAACCUGUAAAAUCAAAAUCUGCACCAGACAUUACUAAGGCCAUGGAAAUCAUAUUGAAAUCUUCAAACAGAAUUCCUAAAAAGUUGGUGUCGGAUAAUGGCAAAGAGUAUUACAACAGUCAGUUUCAAAAUUUGAUGAAAAAAUACAAGAUCCAACACUACAGUACUUUUAGCCUUUGA